UGGAGCCCUCUUUAGUGCAGAUUUAUGAUGACACUCAAGCCACGAAUUUCAUUUUUGGGCUAUUUUCUGUCCUAGUACCUAGUACCUGUCAUCAGGAGGAGUGAUGUACAUUGAUUCUGGGCCUUCAGUUUACCACACUGAGUUUAUUUUCCUUUUCAUUGUUCCUGGAAUACUCAUCAUCAUCUUAAAGACUUCCCUUAUUAUUUCACCAAAUGUAGUGGUAGAGUCAACCCUGUCAUUUCUUCACUGAAUGCAGUGCAUCCUCCACAUUACAACUCAUCAAGAAGUCCCUUGUCAGAUGCCAGCACCUCGAUGUUAGAUUUCCCAGCCUCCAGAACUCUUUGCCCCAAGGGAAGCAGUAGCGUGGAAGAGGACCCUUUCCUGGCUGCUCUCUGCCUCUCCUUGCACAAGUGAACAGGAUGCAGUUUUCUGGAGGAAAUCGGAGGAAGAAGCUGAGGUUGACAGGUGACCAGAAGAAUGUGAGCUACCCUCAUAGCCUUCAGUUUUACUUGCAACCACCUUCUGAAAACAUAUCUUUGAUAGAGUUUGAAAGCUUGGCUAUCGAUAGAGUUAAAUUGCUCAAGACAGUGGAAAAUCUUGGUGUGAGCUAUGUGAAAGGAACUGAGCAAUACCAGAGUAAGCUGGAAGCUGAGAUUCGAAAGGUCAAGUUCUCCUAUAGAGAAAAUUUAGAAGAUGAAUAUGAACCACGAAGAAGAGAUCAUAUUUCUCAUUUUAUUUUGCGCCUUGCUUAUUGCCAGUCUGAAGAUCUUAGACGCUGGUUCAUUCAACAAGAAAUGGAUCUCCUCCGAUUUCGGUUUAGUAUUUUACCCAAGGACAAAAUUCAGAGUUUCUUGAAGGAUAGCCACUUGCAGUUUGAGGCUAUAAAUGAUGAAGAGAAGACUCUGCGAGAACAGGACAUUAUCGCCUCAUCACCGAGUUUAAGUGGGACUCAAUUGGAGUUGGAGUCAGUUUAUAAGAUCCCUUUUGCCGAUGCUCUGGAUUUGUUCCGAGGAAGGAAGGUCUAUUUGGAAGAUGGUUUUGCAUUUGUGCCUCUUAAGGACAUUGUAGCAAUCAUCCUCAAUGAAUUCAGAGCCAAACUGUCCAAAGCUUUAGCAUUAACAGCCAGGUCCUUGCCUGCUGUGCAGUCUGACGAGAGACUUCAGCCUUUGCUCAACCACCUCAGUCAUUCCUACACUGGCCAAGAUUAUAACACACAGGGAAAUGCUGGGAAGAUUUCCUUAGAUCAGAUUGAUUCGUUUUCUACCAAAUCCUUCCCACCUUGCAUGCGUCAGUUACAUAAAGCCUUGCGGGAAAAUCACCAUCUUCGCCAUGGAGGCCGAAUGCAGUAUGGUCUCUUCCUGAAGGGCAUUGGCUUAACGUUGGAACAGGCAUUACAGUUCUGGAAGCAAGAAUUUAUCAAAGGGAAGAUGGACCCAGACAAGUUUGAUAAAUGUUAUUCUUACAACAUCCGCCAUAGCUUCGGAAAAGAAGGCAAGAGGACAGACUAUACACCUUUCAGUUGUCUGAAGAUUAUCCUAACCAAUCCACCAGGCCAGGGGGAUUAUCAUGGGUGCCCAUUCCGUCACAGUGAUCUGGAGCUGCUGAAGCAGAAGUUGCAGUCAUACAAGAUCUCUCCUGGAGGGAUAAACGAGAUUUUGGAUUUAGUCAAGGGGACACAUUACCAGGUGGCCUGUCAGAAGUACUUUGAGAUGAUACAUAAUGUGGAUGAUUGUGGCUUUUCUUUGAGUCAUCCCAAUCAGUUCUUUUUUGAGAGCCAACGGAUCCUAAAUGGUGGUAAAGACAUCAAGAAGGAAUCCAGUCAACCAGAAGCUCCCCAACCCAAACCAAGUGUCCACAAAAACAAGGAUGCAUCAUCUGCUCUGGCCUCUUUAAAUUCCUCUAUGGAAAUGGAUAUGGAAGGCCUAGAAGAUUACUUUAGUCAGUGACUCCUGGGUGGUUUAGUAGUCAUUUUUCACUAGCCGUAUUCUUUUUUAACCCUUUUGUUUAACUUCUCAUUACACCUUACUCCAGUUCAUCUACAUACCUACCAGAUUUGCAGUUAUAAAAGCUCUUCACUAUAUUUUGCUUCAACCAAAGGGAAGAGGAAGAGAUUGUAUAGAAGUCCAACUGAUUUCUAGACUGGCUAAAGUCCCCAGAAACAACAUGGGUAAAAGCAAUAUAGCUAAAAACAACUUUAAUCUUAACCCAUUAUUACUUUGAAAUUUUGACCCAAUCCUUUACUGGACUAUUUUCAUUAAUAAAUAUCUGAAUGUA